UAAGAAAAAAAGAAGAGAGAGGAAGGAGACACAGAGCAAAAGAGGAAGAGGAGAGAAGAGAAGACUGAAUUUAAAAAAAAAAAAAGAGAGAGAGAGAGCAAGAGAGAGAGAGAGAACAGAAAGACAAGUGCAGCCUGGACUGGAUGUGGUGAGGAGAGAGGAUGCUGCUGCAGCUGACUGACUUCUGAGGAGUUUGAGCCCGGACAUGACAGAGAUGCAGCAUCUGAGCGUCUGAGUCUGAGCAUCCACCAGUUUGUCUGUGUGUGUGUGUGUGUGUGUGUGUGUGUGAGUGUGUUAAUGUGUGUGUGAAGCCAUGGCGAGCGCUCAGCCGGGGGUCCAUGCAUUAAAACUCCAGCCUCCCUCCGUCUCUCUCACACUGAGGACCGGAAGCAACUUCAUUAAAUGGGACGAGGAUCUGUCGACGGUGAAUCCAGUCACCCUACACGUCGACCCACAUGGAUUUUACCUCUACUGGACCGACCAAAACAAGGAGACGGAGUUGUUGGACCUGACCCUCGUCAAAGAUGUCAGAACGGGGAGAAGCACCAAAACACCGAAGGAGGCCAAGCUGAGGGAGCUGCUCGAUAUCGGGAAUCUGGUUGGCCGGCUCGAGAACCGCAUGGUUACCGUGGUUACGGCUUCAGACCUUGUAAACGUCAACCAGCUCAACUUCAUCGCUUCCCAGGAGGACGAAGCCAAGGUAUGGUGUGAGGAACUGUUUUCUCUGUCUUCCAACCUGCUGAGCCACAAUCUCAACAGAGACCAGAGUGUGUUGAAAGCGUACGUCAGGUUAACUCUGCAGCCGAACGCGGAGGGGAGGAUUCCUGUGAAGAACAUUGUUCGACUGUUUUCGUCAGACAGAAAGCGAGUGGAGAAUGCCCUGGAGAACUGCAAGCUGCCCUACAGCCGGGGCGACAGCAUCAAGCUGGAGGAUUUCACACUUGAAAUCUACAAGAGCUUUUUGGACAGUCUGUGUCCUCGUCCUGAGCUCGGCAACAUCUUCAAACUGCAAGGAGGAGAUGACGGCUCGCUGUCAGUCGAUCAGAUGACAGAGUUCAUCAACAACAAGCAGAGAGACCCGAGGCUCAACGAGAUCCUCUACCCGCCUCUCCGUCCUGCUCAGACAAACACUGUGAUGGAGAGGUACCAACAUGACCAGGCACAGCUGAAGCAAGGCGUCAUCACUCUCCAGGCGUUCUCCAGUUAUCUGUCCAGUGACGAGAACGGCGUCAUCCCACCGGAGAAGCUGGACCAGUCUGAAGACAUGAGCUUCCCCCUGUCACACUACUUCAUCAACUCGUCACACAACACAUACCUGACAGCGGGCCAGCUGGCAGGCAGCUCCUCGGUGGAGAUGUACAGGCAGGUUCUUCUGGCGGGAUGCCGCUGCGUGGAGCUGGACGUGUGGAAAGGACGAACAGCUGAGGAGGAACCUGUCAUCACGCACGGGUUCACCAUGACAUCGGAAAUCCCGUUUAAGGAGGUGAUUGAAGCCAUCGCGGAGUGCGCCUUCAAGACCUCACCUUUCCCCGUCAUACUGUCCUUUGAAAACCACGUGGACUCUUUGAAGCAGCAGGCUAAAAUGGCAGAAUACUGUCGAUCUAUUUUCGGAGACGCGCUGUUGAUUGACCCUCUGGACAAAUACCCUCUGGAGUCAGGUGUCCCCCUGCCCAGUCCUCAGGAGCUGAUGGGCAAAAUCCUCAUCAAGAACAAGAAAUCCCAUAAACCCUCCAACAACACAGACACCAAACGACUGACGGACCAACCUGCCAAUCAGAGCAAUGAGCCAGUGUCUCCUAGCAACAACACAGGAGAGAUCGAGGCCGAGAGCGAGGAAGACGACGACGAUGACGAUGAUGAUUGUAAAAAGGGCUCAGCGGAGCGGGAGGCCGUGGCUACAGAGGAAAUGUCCACUCUGGUAAACUACGUCCAGCCAACCAAGUUCAACUCCUUCGAAGCCUCCAAGAAGGCGGCCCGCUGUUACCACAUGUCGUCUUUCGUGGAGACCAAAGCUUUGGAGCAUCUCACAAAGUCACCGGUGGAGUUUGUGGAAUAUAAUAAAUCCCAGCUGAGUCGGAUCUACCCAAAAGGAACCAGAGUCGACUCGUCCAACUUCAUGCCUCAGCUGUUUUGGAACGCCGGCUGUCAGCUGGUGGCGCUCAACUACCAAACGAUAGAUUUGUCCAUGCAGCUGAACCUCUUCAUGUUCGAGUACAACGGUCGGGGCGGCUACAGACUGAAGCCUGAGUUCAUGAGACGACCGGACAAACACUUCGACCCCUUCACAGAAAACACGGUGGACGGCAUCGUGGCCAACACGCUCUCCGUGAAGGUGAUCUCAGGCCAGUUCCUGACGGAGCGGCGGGUGGGCGUCUAUGUGGAGGUGGAGAUGUUUGGACUUCCUGCGGACACCAGGAGGAAAGCCCUCAAGACCAAAACCUCCCAGAACAACAACGCCAUCAACCCAGUGUGGGACGAGGAGCCCAUCGUCUUCAAAAAGGUGAUCCUUCCGACUCUGGCCUCACUGAGGAUCGCUGCUUUUGAGGAAGGAGGGAAGUUUAUUGGUCAUCGGAUCAUUCCAGUUUCUGCCAUAAGACCAGGUUAUCGUUACAUCGGCUUGAGGAACGAGAAGAACCAGUCUCUGAUUCUUCCGGCUGUGUUCGUCUACAUCGUGGUCAAAGAUUACGUCCCAGACACCUUCGCAGAUGUGAUCGAGGCUUUGUCCAACCCGAUCCGAUACGUCAACCUCCUGGAGCAGAGGUCCAAACAGCUGGCGGCUCUGACGCUGGACGACGUGGAGGAGGACACGCAGGCCGAGGACGAGGCAGACACGACUGCAGAGCGUAAGAACGACCAGAAAUCAGCUCCGCUGGAGAACGGACUCAGCCCCCCCUCUGGUCCCGCAGGCCACACCCCCGUCGCCACGACGCCCAAAGCCACCGCGGCCAAUCAGCAGGCAGCCACGACAGAAGCAGCAAAACCGGCAGCGAAGACCGAAGAUCUGGUUCUAAGUGUUUUGAUAGAUGUCCCGGCGUGCGCCAUGGAGAGUCUGCAGCAGUCGAAGGUUUAUCAGAAGGAGCAGAGACGUCAGUUCAAAGAGCUGAAGGAGCUGGUGAGGAGGCACCAGAAGAAAACCUCCGAGCUCCUCCGAGAGAUCAACAACAAGUACAAGAAGACGGCCCGACAGUGCAGCAAGAGCAGGAGCUCUGGUUCCGACAGCGAGAAGGACGAGCGCCUCCAGCAGCUGAGAGACGAGCAGCAGCAGCAGCUUCUGGCUCUGAGGCAGGAACAGUACUACAGUCAGAAGUACCUGCAGAGGGAACACAUCAAAAUGCUGACGGAGCGACUGACCAGUCUGGCUGAGGAGAGUCACAACACCCAGAUGAAGAAACUCAAAGACAUCUGCGACAAGGAGAAAAAGGAGCUGAAGAGGCAGAUGGAUCGAAGGAGAACGGAGAAGAUCAACCAGGCGAAGACCAAAGAGAAACAUCUGGCAGAAGAGGAGAAGAUUGAGAUCAAUAAGUCCUACGUCAAUGAAGUCGUCCAGAACAUAAAACGGCUGGAGGAGACUCAGGCCAAGCGUCACGAUCAGCUGGUGGAACAGUACAACGAGCUCCUGCAGGAGAUCCAAGACCAGAAACCAAAGCUGCAGGGAGCCGUGGAGGCAGAUUUCCAGGAGAAGUUCCAGUGUUUGCCGGGAGAGAUCGAAGACUUCCUGCAGGACAGGAAGACCGAGGUCCGAGGUCACAGCAAGUCCCGAUCGUCGACGCCACACGAGACUCUGUCGGAGGAGGACUGAAGGGAAACGAAGCGAAUCCGAAAGGAAGUAAGAAACGGGAAGCCAACAGAAGGGAAGCGUCAGCGUGAAACUCAAGGAGACGUCAAGAUUAUACAGACUGUUCGUGUGUUUUUAAUGGGAGGAUGCUUCGACGAUUUUAUUUUUCUGAUUCCAUUCGAGCAUGCACUCUGUUUAUUUUCUGUCAUCUGUUCAUUUGACAGACAACUGAAACUGACAGUUUGUACUGCAUGACAACUCUAUCUAUCUAUCUAUCUAUCUAUCUAUCUAUCUAUCUAUCUAUCUAUCUAUCUAUCUAUCUAUCUAUCUAUCUAUCUAUCUAUCUAUCUAUCUAUCUUCUGUUCAUACUUCUGUUCUUUAUUCACCUGGAGAGACGUUAUUUCAUUGACACACAGCUGGACAGAAAGUUAACAGUUUCAACAGUUUCACUUCUGUCACCUCGACUGUAUUUCUGAAGCAUUUAUUCAUCGUUAGCAGCGACGCAGCUGCUGCAGUGAUGAUUCUCCGGUGGGUGGAGCAGCUGGAGGUCAGUGGCUUUUUGCUGAAGGGCACUUCAGAAGGAGGCGCUCACAGUGUGCUCCUCUCUCACUUUCCACACCAAGAUUGUUAAAGUACAAUUAGAAAUACGUUGCAUUUUAUGAUAAAAACAUGAUGUGUGAAGAGAAGAUAACACAUGUACAAAAGUGUCAUGUGAAUACUGCACGUGUUUUUUUAAGGAUGUGGGAAAAAUCAGUGAUUUUUAUGGUUUUGUGUCAAAACCCCGAGUCAUGAACAAAAAGCUGUUUAAAACAUAAAUAAAUCAGAAUGUGAUUAUUUUCCUUUUUGACAGUUGAAAACAGUACAAAAACAAUAUAAUCACAGACUUUUGUAAAAGGUUCAGAAUCUCCUGACAGCAACAUUAAGAACGUUUUGCAUGAAUCAAACAAAAGAUUCAAACAUAAAAGUGUUCACAUAAAAGAAACAAGCGACCGUCUGUACGAUCUGUACAGCGAGGAACGUCCUCCGUCCUCAGACCCUCGACUCAAGUGAGGAAAAACUUACUGACAAAAAGAAAAACGAAUUUUCAAAAAAGAUAUUUCUGCAACUCACAGGAGGAUCAAGAUGAAAACACUUUGAAAACACUUUAACCAAACUCGAAGAUUGCAGCUGCUGAGGAGUCACAAAAGAAAAGAUGAAUAAGGAGGCAGUUCAUGCUAACAAAGAACAGACAAAGAAAAACAUAGAAAGAUUUUACAAAGACGACCAAACAACUUUCUCCGCUCUCUUGUAAACCAUCACAUUCUGCUUUCAUUAACGUUUUAAGCAGCUUCUGACUCGAGGUUGGUACAUGAAUCCAUCUGACGUCAUGUAAUAUUUCAACUGCACAGUUUUUGUUUUUGUUUUUUUUUUGUACCUGAUUGUUCAUCUAGAAGCUGACAGUCGUCUGUAUAACAUGUCAGACCGUGUUCACACUUUUACUGAGUACGUUUAGUGAGGACAGAGAAACAAGCUGUCGACUGCAGCUGGCUCCUUUAUCACGACCUUUAAUAGUUUGAUUAUGCACUUAUUUAUUUAUUUAUUUAUUUAUUUAUUCAUUCAUGAGAUUUGGGGAUUAAAAGAAUAGUCUCAAUGUUGAUUUCUCUUAAGGUACUAACAUCAUAUUAUGAUAGUGUGACUGUUAGCUUAAGACAUUUAUAGACCUGUGGACUUUAGCUUCGAUAGUGUUUAAGAGAAAAGAAGAUGAUUUGCACAGAAUCGUUGUGGGAUAAGAACAAACUUUUACAGUUUCACCAGUUUAUUUUAUUUAUUUUGUUGGAGUUUUUCCGUCCGAGCAGCGACGUCCCAUCUUUUCCCUCCGACCCGCUGCACAAAACCGCUCUGACAGUCGGACGUCCUGUUAGACGACGAGCCUCGAAGUCUGCUGCCACUGCAUGAUUUAUUUGUUUUGACGUGAAAGUUGUUCAACAUAGUUACAAUUCUGAUGACCUAUUUAUUUAUUAACUGUUAUUUUCAUGAUGAUUAAGCACCGAGAGCGUAAAAAAAAAAAAACAAUUUAUAAAACUGUUCAGAUUUGUUUCACAGUUUUUGUAGAAAAAAAAAACAAGAAAACACCAUCAUGUAAAAAUGAACGGCGCUCGUCUCUCUUUGUACAGUGAUCUUCCAGAAAACAUAUUUGUUGGAACAUUUUCCAUGUUUUGUUUUGUUUUUUUUCUUCUGGAAUUAUUCUAACUGAGGCUCCAGCUGUGUUCAACAACCGUUUUGUUUUUGGGUUUUUUUUUUGCCGGGAACGUUUCCUUCAGAUUUUAAGCCACUGCUGAUUGAGAUUUUAACAACCUACUGUACCUGAACCUCGUUAGGGUAUCCUACACUGCAAUAGUCAUAGACUCAGCUGCUAACUCUGUGUGCUAACGUUAAAGUACCUCUCUAUUCUGUCACCAACUUUGAAAAUUAUCUGUUCAAAAACACGUUGAAGUCUGCAAAAAAAAAAAAAAAAAAAAUAAGUGGCCUCAGGUUCCCCCCAAACAAAAACGCCUUGUUGAACGCACCCUCUGCUUUAGUGAUUAAACUGAGCAUGCUUUUAUCGUUGAACAGUUGAGUUGCUUCUUGGUUUUACUGAAUGCUAUUUUACCUGAAAGACUAUUAAAAAUGAUUUGAUCUAAAAAAAAAA